GUGUAUUUUCUGUUGUUCGUUGAGUUGAGGUUAGAAAUAAGAUUGGAAAGGAACCAAAUUACGUACUUAUGUACUUUUAAUUCUAUGAAAAUAAGUACUGUACGAAAAUAAAUCACUGGAAUAUAUAUUUAACCAUCAAACUAAAUUAAAUAAAUAGAAUAAUGGCUCACGAUUUGAUGAGUCAGUUUUAUACAAGUUUGAGUUUGCCUUUACAAGAGAAAGUCAUUGAAUUAACUAGAAUAAUCGACCAGUCCAGCUCGACCAAAGAUCUACAAACAAUAUUCCCUCAAUUGAUAAAUAACAUUUUUUCCUCUUCAUUCAGCACCGGAUGGGAUUUAAAGAGUAUUACAUGCGAUGUUAAUCGAUAUGAAUUCGAAGCUCUGAUAAGUUUUUUGGAGCCUCAAGGGCCAAUGUUUCGACUGUGCUAUAGGUUAUUAUCUGACACUCAGUUGAAGUACGAAUUGCCAUUAAAUGUAUUACCUCUUGAUCUACAGGUGACAUUAGAAAGAGGGAGAUGCCCACAAUUUUAUGCUGACAUGUUAACUGCAGAUGCACAAACAAUGAAUAUGAUUUCUUUGGCACUCAAUCCUUUCGAUUAUUACAUUUUCAAUUUUGCCUUAUACUUGAUUAAUAAUAAUCAAAAUAAGAACACAUGGGAGAAUUGGAAUAGUGUGUACUUUGCAUUAGCGUGUGAUUAUUUGAUGCAUUUUCUGCCUUUGGAUCCCAACAUGCCUGUGCUUCCACACAUAUCAAAUUACACUGGAAAAGUACCUAUAGCAGCUCCAUUGAAAACUGCUAACAGGCCUCUGUACUCACCAUCACUGUUAUUAAUAUCAGACUUAACUGGUUCUGUUAUAAACAAUCAGCAUACAUCACAAACACAAUCUAGAAACGAAGUAUGGAGAUCUGAAACAGUACUGCAAGUUUUUAUUGAUAUCUGGAUGAGUGUUGAACAAUUAAAUGCAAGAUCUAUUGAGAUGUAUCAAAGGUCGUAUCAAAUCAAUACAGCAAGUCCAGAAAGAGUACGAAUUGUUAGAGUGCUUAUAAAGCAUUUGCAUUCGUUUUCAGCAAAAUACGUUUCUGAUCCAGCUGUGCGUUCGUCUGCAUUACGAAAGUACGCACGCCAGAUAUUGUGUGUACGUGCAUAUCAUUAUGUCAAACAUUUGGUUACAACAUGGCCUCUAGAUGCUUCAUUCCGGCUUGUUAUGGAAUUAUGGUUAAGCCUUAUUCAACCUUGGCGAUACGUUAAUAACAACAUUAAUCAAGAUAGGUUUCCAUCAAACAACCAUCAAGAUGAAAAUCCAACACACACCCUCGAUGCCAGCUUUACUCAGUUUAUUGCUGAGAAUUUUCCAUCAUACACUUGCAUUUUCCAGUUGAUUCUGCCAAGAUUUAUGAGAUUGGAUCUCACGACGUACAAAAAUGCUGUGAUGCUUUUUAGAUUGGGAAAGGUGUUUUCCCAACCGCAUUUAGUACCAAUUCUGUGGAACUUAGAACAUGCAAUUCUGGAUAGUGGAUCUGGAGUGACACACAGUUCAGACUUAAAUUUUAGCAAUUCAAUGACUGAUCAAAGUUAUACAUACAACGGAGUGUCGUUGCAAAAAUGGGUAGCGAUAGCGAAACAAGCAAUAUCAGAAUUCAAUAUGCCUGAAAAUUUCGAAUAUAAACCUAUAUGGAAUGAUAACAUGCGAUCUUUUGCUUUAGAAUUUGUAAAGAAAAUUAUUUCUGCUAAAACUAUAGCGGAAAAGAACGUUGAAGAAUUUAGUAAAAAAAUCGACAUGAGCAAUCAAGGAUUUUGGUCAUCUUUAAUGCACUGGCUAAUGAUAGCCACUCAGGAUGAAAGUGAUGGACAUCUAGAAGAAGUAAAAAAAGUGCCAACUUAUUUAAAUACAUCUAUACACAAUUUUGCAGUUAUAUUUGGUUUAAGUGAAGCACUACUACUCCCUUCAGAACCAAUUGCGGAUGACAGUUUAGAAAACUCAUCAUUUGUAAAUUCAACUGCUUUUCCAUUUUCUAUAACAAACAAGCUGAGAAGUAAAUCAACAAAUGUACAUUAUAUGGGUAAUCCAGACCUCAUGCCUAUAGCAUCCUAUGAAAGUACAAUUUUAGUCAGAAUACUGCAUCAAAUUUCAACUAAAAUAAAUGAAUUGUAUGAACCAACGUUCACAAACCUGUGGAAUCGACAAGACAUUUGGGGUUACGCGGCUCGGGAAGUACUACAGAAGCCAUGUACGAUCCAAACGUAUGUUAAAGACAUAACAAACCACUAUCGUGUUAUUCGGCAAGAUCUACCCCCAAGGUUACUGUUAAGACGACUUGGCUCACAGGCGUUCAUUUUCUGGAUAACUGUUGGCUAUUUAAUUAUGAGAUUGUUUUCUUUCAGUGGCCUUAGUUACAUAUUAAUAUUGUUUUCUUUAUGGUUGUCGUAUGUAUUUAUCAAGGGAAGUUUCAAGAUGUUAAAAGUAAUACGAAUAAAUUAAGAUUAAUAUUUUUUAUAUUAAAAACCUUUUUG